GAUUAUAUAUACAUAAAUAUAUAUCCCUGAGUGAAAUGACUGCAAAGGAAUACUUUCCUUUGAACAGAACGUUCUUUUUUGGACUACUGUACACUCUGUAACUCUGCAGAGGAGCAGAAACAGAGCAGCUUUGUAAAGAAACCUCUGACUCGGUACGAUGUUCAGCUUUUGGAUACAAGCUGGAGUCAUUAACGGAUUCGUGGGAAGUCCUUUUCCACGCAGGUCCAGUAAAAGCAGCUGUCUGUUUUCUGAGGGGGUGGGUUCUGUUCAUUUCCCGGCAAAAUUGACUCCAGAAAUUCCCUGCACGUGGGGGAAGUGCGACCACCUCUCUCCUAAUAUGGUCAAAGCUUCCGCUUGGAAGAGCGUGGAGCCCUUCACGGGCUGUGGGAAACGGCGGUUACAGAUUUCUGGUUGCCGCAAAUGUUUACACCUAGAAACAGAUUUCUCUCAGGAAAUGUGUAACUGUCCGGUAAUCAUCACGAAUCUUAGUCUGUUUGGCGCCAUCUUUGCGGAACACUGAAGCGUCUUUUGUUUACAUGCCGGCUAAGUGAAACUAACAAACAGCAAGUGAAGGUAGCCUACGACAGCUUUAGCAUUAACGGGGCCGUUUAAAAUAAAGAGAAACCGAAAGAAGCUGCUGCAUCAUGUUGCAUCAUCAUCAUCAUCAUCUGCCGGGAGUCAAACCGCCUGCACUCAAAACUGCUCGGAGCAGCUGACUGAGCGGCGCAGUCCUCACACAGCAUCAGCAGCUCACCGAGCUACCUGCAGCCCAGGUGGGUCGGCCUGACUCACCCUGCUAGGCUGGAUGUGUGCUGAUCCGGACCGGGUGAAAGUCGGUCCUGUUGGAGGAGAAACAUGCCCCUGCUGUUCAUGGAUACUGGGUGUGAGCUUAGCAGCCCCUGCGGCUCCCUGUCAGCGGAGGAGUAUAGCAGCAGCACCUCUGCUUUGGAGAGAGAUGGAGAGGGGAACCAGCCUCGGCCCAGAGUGACAAAAAGGCGAGAAAAGAACCGAGACGCGGCGAGGAAAAGCCGGCGCAAACAAACGGAGAGAGCUGAUGAGCUGCACGAGGAGCUGCAGAGUCUUGAGCAGUCAAAUUCAGCUCUGCAGAAGGAAAUUGCAAAGCUGAAGAAAGACCUCCGCCUCUAUGAGACGGCGCUGGAACGCCACAAACCUCACUGCCGCCUAAAGGACGCCACUUCGUCCCUGGCAGAUCUCAAAACCAUCUCCACUCCUCUGCAGGACUCUUCCUCCUUAAACACCAGAGCGGGUUUAAAAGCCUUCAGUGACCCUGAAAAGACUCGCCUCCCGUCUUCAUCUUCCUCUCCAGCAGCAGCAUCAGCAGCCUCGUCGGCUAAACUCCCCGUCACAUCGUCCUCAUCGACUUCUCCCUAUUGUGCCUCUUUCUCCACACAUCCAGCUCCUCAUUCUUUGUUUUGUGAACCGCUUCCCAGCUUCGUUCCCUCCACAGCAGCUCAGCUAGUGACCAACAACGCUAACACAACCGCCUCAGCAUCUCAAAGCAGUUCCUUUACAGACGAUUCAUUUUCAAGAACCCUCAGUUCCUCCUUUGCAGCUGCAUCUGCAGUGCAUUUCUCCUCAGCUUUACCGAAGCAAAGUACUCCCAGGAAUCUGCCUCAGUUUCCUCCCUGCAGGUUCGGUGGAAGCAGUGCUGCUACCUUAGUGACCUCUCCCCCUGCUGCUCCUCUAGCCUCCAUCGACGGCUACGAUCACCAGGUUUCUCCGGCUCCUGAGUCUCUGCUGUCCCUGCUCACCGUGCCCAGCCCUCUGAAUCACUGUCAGACCAGCUUUAACGCACCAGCACCAGCCGCCUCUAAAGACAUGUCUCUCUCUGAGCUGCUGGAGGUCAACGAGUGGAUCCUGAGUGGCUUCGGCAACCAGUAGCAUCACGGAAUAGCUGCUUGUUUUUAUUACAAUGAGAGAAGUCCAACUGGCUGAAGAAAAUAAGACACAACCAAUGUCUCACACUGCAAAAACAAAAAGUCUCACCAAGUAUUUUUGGUCCACUUUCUAGUGCAAACACCCUAGUUUACUUUAAAUUAGACAAAACUAACCUACAAGUUACGAUUCAGAAGAAAUGGGAGCUUUUCACUUAAAGUUGUUUUGCAUCAAGCCGUAUUAGGUCUUUAUAGCUUGGAGUCGUUAUAUAAUCCCAACAAUAAGAUCAUUUUCUAGUCAUUUUUAUAUCAAUAAUAACAACCUUAAACUAAAAAUAAUUUUUAUUUCAGCAGUAUUAUUUUCCACUUCAAUAUUCAGUUAUAGUAAUGUCAGAAAAAAAACAAAAAACAUGUUUCUGCUCUACCAUCACAAAUAUAAAUAGGAAUAAAGUUUGCAGAGGGAACGGGUCGCCCAGGCCCUCGUUUAUGUAAGAACCACCACUGGACAGAGUAGAAAAAACUCUUUCCUGGUAUGACUAAUCCCAUGAAAGAUCAAGAUACUUUAAAUAUUUCACACAUUUUCCAAGAAAUACGUCUGUAUCUGUUGUCUGGUAAUAAAUGAGUAAAGCUGCAGCUCUCAGAGAAUGAAACGACUUAAGAAAAGAAGGAUGAUGCAUCUUUCAGCUCCUGUGUCAGGCCUUUGCCUGAUUUUGUUCCUGUUCUGUUUUGAGCCCAAUACUUCUUCAUUUGUCCUCCGUUUGUGCGGCAUGUAGUCCUUGGUCAGCGACCACAGAGGCCUGCAGAAAGCAAGAAAAACGACUCAUCAGGAUCCACUUAAGAGAUUUCAAAACUUGUUGGAAGGAAUACAUAAAUGCAGUAUGUGUCUUUGAGAAAGUUUUACACAUGAUAAAAUCAAAUCAAAACAAAGAGUUUUAUUUCUGUCUAGUUUGCCAAAAUCUAAAAAGCAAAAACACAGCAAACCCCAGAUUUGCUUUUUCAAUCUCAGAGGUUCAGUUAAUUUUCUCAGAUAACACACUCUUGACUUCCAACAGUUGAUUAAUCUGUUGCUUAUUCUGAUGAUUAAUCAAUUAAUCAAAUAAAAAAAAGUUGGCACAUUCUGCAGAUUUUUCAUCAAAGUCUUUUUUAUGCAACAUUUGAAAUACAUUAAAGUAUUAAAAUUAACAUUGUAUUGCCUAAAGUGCAAUAACACAGCAUUCCUUUAGUGAACACUUGAUUAUUUGUAACAAAUGAUGCAUCUGCAGCUAACAAACACUUGUAACAUGUGAAAAGCUCAGCUGUUUCUGCUUGAUUUAGCUUUUAUAGAGUGCAGAGAUGAUGUAUUGAUUAUUUGUUGGAUGAACAGAUUAAUAAUUGGACGGAAAAAGGUGCUUAAUAGAAGAGUUUAAAUUAGGUGAAGCUAAAACUAUAUUAAUUGAGGAGUUCUGGGUAGAACGUAUUUACAGACAGAUUUUAUCUUAAGUGCAAAAUGUAUGUAUUUUUGUAAAGCUUUGGUUUAAUCACUGAGUGUGUCGUUCUUUCAUCAAAUAGUCUCUUUUUUGAGUCUCUUUUCUUCAGUUAACGAUUAUUUCAGUAAUCGAUUAAUCGUUUCAGGCCUAAUAUUUCUUAAACUGGAUUUGAACUGAUGACUCCUGAAAUCUGCCGCUCACACCGGGACUCAAACUCUGCAACGUCAACUGAACUGAGUCACUCUGUUUCUAAGAACUGCAGAUAAAUCGCUCCUGGUCGUCAGCUGUUUCUUCAUUUAGAAAGAAACGGUUGGUUCUGUAAACUUUUGAGUCCACGCCAGCACAGGCUGCACUUCCCUGCAGGUUCAUGGAAAUGUAAUUUGUAGAUAUUUGGAUCCCAAACUGAACCAGACAGCUGUGGCUGCAUAUUUUGUAAACUUAUUUUUGUAUGUAAAGACGCCGUGGGAUUUGUCUUCCCUGUCUGCUGGUGCUUUUUUAUUUCUACACUGCAAAUCCAGUUCCUACAGUGUGUUUUUAUUUGUGCUUUGGGACGAAGCAGUGCAAUGUGAACUAAUCUGGUUUCAGUCGUUUUGUCUGUGCUGCUGUGGGCUGAAGCAGGUACCAAAUGUAAAUGUGGUGGUGAAGAAACCUUCAGGCUGGUCUGACUCACGACUCGCUGCAGCAGAGCGUCGCGUUGAGCUGACAUGCAACACCGAACACGCAGCGAUCCCUCCAGGUCGUUUGUUUAGUUAUGUUUCAGAUCAUAAAAUACGUUUUGCAUCAACAUCUUUUUCCAAAUUUUGCAUAAAUAUGAGAGUAAAUGCCAGUUGCCAGCGUACAUAACCAAUACUUAUUAUUUUUUGAAUAUUUAACUCUUUUAAUGCCAGUUUUAGCCACAAAAAGUGGAUUUUAUCAUCGUUUUUUUUCAGAGGAACGUCAGAAGUUUGGCUGCAAAAGUUUUAUGUUUUAGAAAGAUGUUGCUAGUAAAAGUAGAAAACAGAGUAAACUGCUCCAUCUGUGGGCCAAGGACACAAAGUGUGACCUCUUAAAUAUAGUUAUGGAAAUAUUACACUUCAAUAUUCAUCAGUCAAAUAUCACAUAAUAUUCUGAUUUUUUUAACCUGUUCAACUAUCUUUUUUUUUAAACACAAAGUUUUUUCUUUCCUCUUAAAUAUUCAAAUUGGAUUCUGAGAGGUUUGGUAGUUUCAGGUAUAUAUAUAUUUUUUAAACUGUAAAUAAAUUGCUUAAUCUGUAUCCCUUGGACACAAAAAUGCUCUGCUGCACACUGCAGUAGAAAUAAUUUAUAUUCCUAUAACUUGUAUUUUCCAUUUUUUUUAAAUUAAUCUUAGCAUCGGCUCCCUUCAAACAUAGCAAAAAUGAAAAUGAUUCUGAUCUAUUUUUACUUUGGAAACAAAUGAAAAAGUCAUCAGAAAAUUGAUUUUUCCAUCCAUUAUUACACAUAAAAACAAAUUUACCUUGUGGAAAAAAAUAAAACAUGAAAAUCUGAAGGGAUUUCAACAUGAGUGAAUUAAAGAAGCAACAGAUUGUUCAGUUUAGCUCAGAAAAGCUCAUGGAGGAGAAACAUCUCUAAAAACCCCCACAUUUUUUAUACAUUUUAUGCAUCAACACAACCCAAGUUAAACAGGUUAUGGUUUUAAUGUUAGAAGAUCUUCUGAGGAUUAGAAAGGAAAACAUUCAUACUCUGAAUAAAACAUCCAUGUUGGAUGGAUUACAGAAUGUGAAGCUGCAGAUGUUAUUUUUUCUAAUUAUGCUCUUCUGAUUUAUAUGUCACUAAAUUUUAUUGUCUUACAAACCAGAAUUUUCCAAAAAUGCUGAAUGAGUUUAGUUUGGAUGAAAGAGAUUCAUCCAAACUAGAGAGGUUUUUAGGGACCAUUUAAUUAUUUAAUUGUCUUGCUUUGGAUAAAAAUGCUGCAUUAACUUCGUUUUUACUUAAUUUCUACUUUUAAUGUACUUUUUCUUACAUCUAGGAAAAGGCCAGUGCUUUUAUUUAAAUAACGAUUUAGAUUUCUCUAAUGAUUCUGUCCCUUUAAUUAAAUAUAAAAUAUAGUGUUUAUGCAUAUAUAUAUAAAUAGAGAGAGGAAAUAUAUGGAUUUAUAUUAACAAUUCAGUGUGUUUUUAAGAGUGUGUGUAUUUAUCAGAUGUAUUUAUGCUGUGGUUGUGUAUUUUUGUGUAAAACAAUGCGAAAUAAAAGCUUUUCUUUAAUGCA